AUUGACUUCUCUCUUGAUCAUUUAACAUAAAUAAUAUAACUAUAAAAAGUUUUCGGUGUUUUUUGAAUAAAAUUUAGUAUUACAAAUGCAUUCUUUAAAGAGAUUGUCAGGAACAAUUAAUCAGUACUGUAAAUAUAACUUAAAAAGAUGUUUAGCCUCAAAACCAGCAGAAAAUAGAAAAAUUGAAGCAGAGAAAGAGAAGAAUAUUGUGAUAGAUCGUAUCAAAGGAGUCACAAUAAUUGGUAUAAAUCGCCCGCAGACAAAGAAUUGUUUAGACACUGCAACAGCACAAGAACUGUCGGAUGAAUUGGAGAAAUUUGAAAAUGACAAGGAGUCUGUAGUUGGUGUACUUCAUGGUAUUGGUGGUAACUUUUGCGGCGGCUAUGAUCUUAAAGAAAUAGCCAAAUACGAUGGAACGAACGAGGAAACAUUACCACAAUUUGGGCCGUUGGCUGAUAAAAUUGAAUUAGUUAAAAAACCAUUGGUUGCUGCUAUAAGCGGAUAUGCUAUAGGCAUAGGAUUUGAACUUGCCUUAAUGUGCGAUAUAAGAAUAAUGGAAGACAGUGCAGUAUUAGGAUUUUUUAAUAGACGUUUUGGUAUUCCCAUACUGUGUGGUGGUACUGUACGCUUGCCUGCUCUAAUUGGAUAUGGAAGAGCAAUGGAACUUAUCUUAACAGGCCGUGCUAUUUCUGGACAUGAGGCAUUUAACUGGGGUCUAGUUAGUCGGUGUACACAUACUGGUUCAGUGCUAGGUAGUGCAGUAAACUUUGCGAACUCAUUUCUUAAGUUCCCACAAAAACCUAUGCUUGCCGAUCGUGUUUCUACUCAUUUUGCUACGUUUUCUGCUAAACAACUAGAGGAAGCUUUACAGUUUGAGAAAGAUAAUGCAUCUCAUUUAUUAUUCGAAGAGGGUGUUAGAGGAGCAAACCGAUUUGUCAAUGAAAAGCUAGGUAGACAUGGUAAAUUUUAUAAUAUAACGUCAAUAGAUGUAAGUUUUAAAGAAUUGGAUAAAGAUCUUUUGUAAAAAUUUAGUAAUACGUUACUGUACUCAACAUGACUGAUUUUGUUAAAAG